AUGGCUGAAAGUAUUGUCACCGUUUUUCUAGAGAAGUUAACUGACCUGCUUUCCCAGGAAGCAUUUCUACUCAGCAGAGUGGAAGAGCAGGUGAAUCUGUUGAGUAUUGACCUCGAAUGGAUGCGCCAUUUUCUCAAAGACGCGGAUGCGAAGCGCAGAUAUGAUCCAAGAAUCAAGCUCUGGGUGAGUCAGAUCAGGGACGUAACCUAUGACGCCGAAGAUGUCAUCGACAGGUUCAUGUUCGAGAUGAAUCACCAACAGCAAGGAAGUCUCAAAUGCCUCAAGUUCCUUAAGUUACGAUUGGUUCACAAGCUCGAGUCUCGAAUCAGAGAGAUCAAUACCAAGAUUGAGAAGAUCAAGGCUGCCAAAUCAACGUUCGUUGUCGAAACCUUACCAGCUGCAAGCUCGCCCAACGAAGUUGUGCCACAUAGAGAGAGGAGGGCUCCGAUUGUGGAAGAAGUCAACGUGGUGGGAAUUCAAGAGGAUGCAAAAAGCGUCAAGCAAAAGCUGCUUAAUGGAGAGAUGCGGAGAGCUGUGGUGUCCAUCGUGGGCAUGGGUGGCUUGGGAAAGACUACCCUGGCUAAGAAAGUCUACAAUGAUAAUGAUGUCCAGCAAUGCUUUGAUUGUCAUGCUUGGAUUUAUGUCUCUCAAGAGUAUACAAUCAGGGAGCUUUUGCUGGGCAUUGCUGUUCGUGUUGGGAUUCUCUCCGAAGAGGAAAGGAGUAAAAUGAACGAGAGCGAUUUGGGGAAUAGUCUUCGUGAUUACCUGACUACCAAGAAGUACUUGAUAGUUAUGGAUGAUAUGUGGAGAAAUGAAGCUUGGGAUAGGUUGGGCUUGUAUUUUCCUGACUCGGUGAAUGGCAGCAGAGUAUUGAUCACCUCACGCAAUAAAGAGAUUGGUCUUUAUGCUGAUCCACAAACCAUUCCCCAUGAACUUUCUUUUCUGACUGAAGAAGAGAGUUGGGAGCUCUUUCUCAAGAAAAUUUUUCUGGCUGGGAGUGCAAAUGCUGUUUGCCCCAGAGAACUGGAAGAGUUGGGAAAGAAAAUUGUAGCAAAUUGUGGGGGUUUGCCCCUUGCAAUUGUGGUCUUGGGAGGCCUUCUAUCAAGAAAAGAAAAGACACCGCUCUCCUGGCAAAAAGUAUUGGACAGCCUAACUUGGCACCUAAAUCAAGGUCCAGACUCAUGUUUGGGGGUCCUUGCUUUAAGCUACAAUGAUAUGCCGUAUUACUUGAAGUCCUGUUUCCUUUACUGUGGUCUUUUCCCAGAAGACUCAGAAAUCAGGACAGAUAAGUUGAUCCGCUUGUGGGUUGCAGAAGGGUUUAUACAGAGAAGAGGAGAAGAAAUAGGGGAAGAUGUCGCGGAAGAUCACUUACAGGAAUUGGUACAUAGAAGCAUGAUUCAAGUGGCUGCCAGGAGUUUCGAUGGAAGAGUGAUGUCCUGUCGCAUGCACGAUCUGCUUCGAGACCUUGCCACUUCUGAGGCCAAAGAUACAAAAUUUUUUGAGGGAUAUGGAAGCAUGGAUUCUACAUCCCCUGUUAGUGUUCGUCGACUAACCAUUCAUCAAGGCGUGUCAAAUUGCUCACUGUACUGGACCUAG